UGGCCCUACUGCGCAUGCUCGCCCCGUGACCCCAGCUUGAGGUGACGGCGGGAGCCAAGGCGGGGGCCCAAAAGCACUGAGGCUGAGGGACCCGCCACGGCUCCGUCGUCCGAGAGGGCAGGGCCUGCUGCCGUCGAUGUUAAAUAUAUUGCCACUGGGGGCAUGGAAUGAGUUCACGGCACACAAGGACAGAGCCCUGGACUCCCAGGUUCCUGGCCAGGGAAGUGGAGGAAAAGGAGAGACCUAUCUGCCAGGGGAGUGUGGCCUGAAGGCCAGGCUGCUGGUUCUGGGAUGCCCCAGCCCAAACCCAGUGAGCAAGAGGGUGAGAGCGUGAAGGGCGGCCAGGAGCCAACUCCCCAGCCUGGCAUGGAUGUGGUCCCAGCAACCCCCAGGAAGCCCAGAAAGUGCUCCAAACUGGUCCUGCUGACAGCCUCCAAAGACAGCGCCAAAGUGGCUGGGGCCAAGCGCAAAGGAGUGCACUGCAUCAUGUCCCUGGGGGCACCAGGCCCUGCCACUCUGGCCAAGGCUCUCCUCAAGACUCAUCCCGAGGCUCAACGGGCCAUUGAAGCGGCUCCCCAGGAGCCUGAGCAGAAGCGUAGCAAGCUGGACCCGGAUGGCCCAGAAGACAGCGGAUGGUCUGGGGUGUCUUCUUCAAGUCCCGAGGAGAUCACUGUGUUCCCCAAGGCACCCAGCACUUCCCCAUAACCUCGGGAACUGCUGCGGCACGUGUUGCUCACUGCACCAGUUACUUUUAUAAGCAAGAAGGAAAAAGAGAAAAUAAAAGAAGCUGUAUGCUAUUUCCCACCAUG